AAGUGCAGAGACGUCAGGCAUAGCCCUGGAGAGAGAGCUUUAUGAUCGGGCAAGAGGCGUCGAGUUUCUGUUCCGGCUGGGAACAUCCCUAGCUCUGCCAUGUUCUGCAAUGUACACGGCUGCCACAUGGUUCCAUCGGUUUUACAUGCGUUAUUCCAUGGAGGAUUAUCAUCGACAAGAUGUUGCCGCUUCAUGCAUAUUUCUAGCGACAAAGACAGAGGAGUGCGGCAGGAAGCUACGCGACGUAGCCAAAGUGUACCACAUGAAGGUCACAGGAGCCGAUGCCAGCCAAGUGCAGUCGGACAGCAGUGAGGUAGAAUUAUGCCAGACCAUGAUUCUCCAGACUGAGGAGGCACUGUUGGAGGCCUUAUGUUUUGAUUUCGUGGUUGACAACCCUCACGCCGAGCUAGUCGACCUAUUUGAUGCUCUGCCAGAUGAGCCUGUUGUCCAAGAGUAUGCCUGGAGUUUUGCCAACGACUCAUACCGCACGCCGCUUUGCGUCUUGUAUCCUCCUCGAGUGGUGGCCGCUGCAUGCUAUAUUCUGGCUCAGCGAGUGGCUGAUGGUCCUCAGUCUGCGUCGUUGGAUGCUCGGCUGUCUUCUCCGGCUCCGGUAUCCUCGUUGCCUACGCCACCUUCGCAUAAGGCCACCUCACCAAAUGGUUCGCGUUUUGCGAUAGAGCAUUUUGCUUUCAACGAAGUGGAAUUAGCGGGUGUAGCAGAUGCACUGGCGAUCCUUUUAGAAUUUUACAAUGCGCAGGAUGUCUCCGGUUCCGCGGAAUACCUACAGCCAGUAGUCGCGGUUACGCCGCCAGCGGUUUCCCCGCGCAAGCCGCUGUACCAACCGUUCGCCCAAGUAAGUAGCAGCACCAACGUCCCGGAUGCUGCUUUGCAGGGCAGAACCCCCAACUCUUCUUAUGGCGGAAACACCCCGUCAAAGGAAUGGAAACCCGUGGGAUAGCUGAGAUGAGGAAUGAUUGUCUCGAUUAUCUCUUGCAUGUACAAUAUUAUGUAUCCCGUCCAUGGAUCCCUAGUGUAUCAUCAUUGUACAUUAUCUGUCGACUUGCUCUGUUGCACUGCUAAUUACGGCUCGCCUCC